AUGUCGCUCCUUCAGAAGUUCCAAGACUCGAUGGAAAGCGUGUAUGGGAAGUUCUCCGAUGUUUCCGACAUCACCCAAUGGACACCUCCCCCAAACUCGGGAGGCCAUCGAGGCCGCUAUCUCUGGAAAGAUGCCUUUGGCGUUUUGAAUUUCCUGACCCUUUUUAAGGAGACGUCGUUAACAGCAGACAACAAGGCUGCAGCCAACAACUAUCUGCUCUUUGCCCAGCGCCUCAUCGCUACCGUCCACGAUGUCUUGGGCAGUACUCGGGAUGGCAAUUCGCGACUCCCUGACGCAACUGACGAGGAGCCCCUGAGGGGCGGUUUGCGGAUCGGAAAGGAAGAGGAAACAGGUCCCAAUGGCGACGGCCAGUAUUUUCAUUAUCUCACUAUGUGGAUGUUUGCUCUCAACCGAAUGUCGAUAGCAACUGGGGAUCCGUCUUACAACAGACAAGCUGUCUCCCUGGCAAAAGCCAUCCAUCCGCACUUCUUCCUCAACCGUGCUUCAGAACGGCCGCACAUGGUAUGGAAGGUUUCCAUGGAUCUGUCACGCCCACUCGUUGCUAGCGAAGGGAAUCUAGAUCCAAUCGACGGUUACGUGGUUUUCCGUCUGCUGCAAGCAUCCGCUUUGAAGUACGGCGAUGGGGCAAUUCUCGAGGAAGAAAUUGGCGACUACAAAAGGGUGAUGACCCGUAAAGGGGAUUACUUCGUGACGAGGGAUCCUCUCGAUCUGGGAAUGACGCUCUGGACGGCUCACUGGUUCGCUGAGAGGGAAAAAUGGGCUCGUGAUCUGUCCAACAGAUGUGUUGCUCAGCUCCGUGGGCUAUUCGAUGAGAAUCAUUUCCUAGAGUCGAACCUGCAGUUACGUCUGGCAUUCAGGGAGUUCGGGUCGUGCCUCGGUAUAGGCUGCCUAACAAGCGCAAAAUCGAGCGACGUGGCAACACAGUUGAAUGCUCGAUCAAAUGAGAUAAUCACCCAGUGGCAAAACUACAUUUCGUCAUCACUGACUCCAGACGAUCUAAAGCCUAUCACCAGGGUUAUGUAUUCUACAGCAUUAAUACCAGGAGCUUUCAAAUCUCGCUAUCUGGGUGAUGAACCAAUUGAUCACAUUUGA